AUGCUCCCCCAGGCUAGUGUUGUGACCUUCACGAAUAUAGGUAAAAAGACAGAGAUAACCAAUCCAGAAGGACGCCCCGACUUGACGAGUCACGAUACAGUCGAAUCGCAUGAAACCUACGCAGUAAUUCGUCAUAAUACGCUAAAAGUCACGAAGAUUCCGGAUUUGGAAGUCAAUGCUUGUCUUCGAAGAUGUACUCGAUUCUAUGAGAGAUAUCAGACGUCAGGACUGAUGACAUUGUUAAGAAGAAGUGUCCGAGUCAGACAAAACAAAUUGUUAAACGUGCAGAACUUUCCACACAGCGGAGGUGUGCGCCGUCAUUCUCCAAUUCGUAAACUACAACCGAGGUCGUCUCAGAAGAAGAAGCAAGAUACACAGAAAGAGCAGGAAACGCUUCCUUCAUAUGCUCAAGACGAUGUGAACUUUUGCGCCGGCUUCCGGCAGAGACCCGAAAAACCCCACUGA